UACAGUAAUCCACAACAGCUUCGACUCAGUGUGCCUCCGAUAGAGAUGCACGUCGUCGGAUAUUUCUGCUGAGAGUUGAUGUAUCUAUUUUUAACGCUUGGAUUCACAACUUUCGCUUUUUCGGUCGAUUCUCCCGAAACUCAAAAUAACGAAAGAAAAAAAAAACAUUCAUUCUGUGUCAGGCGAAAAGUUGUGUAAAGGAAAAUUGUGAUGCUGCAGGUGAUUGUUUGGUUUCUGUCCGUUUUGUUAGUUUCCACAAAAUCCGUGAAAGAAUACCAAUGCUUUAUAUUUCCCUUCGCGAACAAAUGUGUGCUAGCGCGGGUGACGUAUCAGCCGGGUCAGAAAAUAGUUUUUCCCGUCGGAUACCAGCAUUUUCGAGUCGAUGCAGUGAAACACUCCAGUAGCAUCAGUUCGAACAUAACCACGUUGGACGAUCAUCUGUAUGAGGCAAUGCACCGACCGGCCAUCAUUGAAAUGGAUCAUGUUCAAAUGCGACGCUUGAUGCUGCCUGCGGAUCUGCAAACUGGUAGCUUUGCGUACAACGAAAUAAGCAGUCUGGAAGUCAAUUACACCCAAAGCUACCAUAUCAACUAUCUUGAUUUAGGCUCGAAUCAACUGUCGAACAUUACCAACAUCAGUGCACUGAUUAAUCUUGAGACACUGAACCUGUCCCGUAACGGGAUCGAGAUAAUCGAUGAAUUAACCUUUGCGCCGCUUGUCAAACUUAAACGUCUCUAUCUAAAAUACAACGAAUUCAAAACAUUUCCAUGGAAAAGCCUCCCCUCUACACUGGCCCAUCUGGAUUGCUCCAGUGGUGAGUUGGAAUCAACGGAUUUCAAGCUACUGAAUCUGCCGGCCCUGAAAUACCUAAACCUGGAGGAAAAUAAAAUCAUUUCCAUCAACGUGAGCGGGAUUCUGCGAGGUGCUCCCAAUCUACUGGAGGCAUAUUUAUUCAACCGGGCGAUUUCCUCUCACGAUAUGGCCCGGAUCGUGGAAGCUUUCAAUCACAGCACCGUUUACGAAUCCGACCAAAUCUGGUGCUACAGCGAUGAGGAGGUCGUUGAUGGGAGGUGCACUAAGCGUCGUCAGGUAGCCAUAAGCGUAUGGAAAGCGUUUCUGCUGGCUGUUGUUAUCCUGGUAGUCGGGACACUGUUUGUGUUCGUUGUCUAUCGUACCGUUAAGCAGAAUAAUCUAUGAUUAGAGUAAAUUUUGGAUUCAUUUGAUUAUGAAUAGUUCAAGUGGGUAAAAUAA